AUGAGUUCCGCUUCAAGAGGGGCGAGAGCUGCAGCUCGCUCGUUGCGCCAAUCUACACGUAUCCAGUCCCGGCGAUACGCUUCCCACGGCGAGUCCCACGGCCAUGACGCUCAUGGCCACGGUGCCAGCGCAUACCACAUUGACGGAGGGAACGCCUCAGGCAACGAAGGUUUUGGCCGUGGCUUCUACAUCGCCCUGGCCGCGACACCCACCUUUUACCUGUCCUACCAAGUCGCCUCCAAUCCCAAUAAUUUCGUACGCCGCUUCGUGGAGGGGUUCGUGACCGUGAAAGACGACAUCGAUGGGAAGCAGAGCAAUCUACACGACGCUGCGCUUCAGCAGGCUAUCAGUGACCGAUUCGUGCUGAAGACUACGCCGAGGACCGUCGAGGGACCACCCAUUAGAUACCCAGAACAAUUGAACGCCGGCUCACCGAUCAACGUGGUCGCAGGAGAGGGCACUACGGAUUUGUCGACAUUGAUAAAGCAUUACGAAGACACGCAGCGCAAGCAGGCCGAUGCUGCAGAUGCCGCAAGACAAAGACGGUAG